AUCUUUUUGAAACUCUAUAUUUGCAGCCAAAAGCCCACACGCCAUGGAUGUCGACGACGACAAUGAACUUCUGAUCCUCCUCUCCGACUCCGACGAACGCGGUUCCGACCUUGAUUUGGCCUUCCAACUGCAAAUGCAAGAGGCGAUCAAAGUCUCUUCAUCCUCUAAACCUUCUUCAUCGUCGUCUUUCUACUUCCCCCUAAACGAAACUCAAGAGUCCCCUUCCGGCACUGCUCGAAAUUCUGUCAAGCGUGAGCGCGAACGUUACUAUCGGGAGUUGGUCAGCGCGGAAUUGAAGAACAUGAAUGAGAAUCCCAACCGACUGAUACACGAUCAGCCCUUCGCUCGCCAGAUUCUUGACGUUCCGGAUGUUGACUUGACGAUGACCGGGGAUUUCUUUCAGAAGCCGUACGCGUUGUUGCAGUCGUCGAACGAGGAGGUUUUUACGGUUUAUUUCAGGGGUUUAGUGAUCGAUGAGUCGGUUAUGAAUGUUAAAAUGUCGUUCGCUGGGAUUGGGGUUGCGAUUUAUGAUGAGUCCGAUUGUUGUGUAUUUGAGUCGAGGAAAUCCUUUUUGGUUGGUGGAACUGAAGGUGAAGAUGAUGCUGUUUUAGAGCUUACAGCUUUGAUUGAAGCGCUGAAUUCUGCUGUUACUCUUGGGUUAAAACGAGUUCAAAUUUCCUGCAACUGCCUUUCGAUUUAUCAGUAUCUCAUUGGUGAACGGAGACCAACAGACAACAAGGUUAUGACAUUGAUCAAUCAUCUGAACCAUAUGGAGACAAAAUUUGCUUAUUGCUGCCCUAUUCUCGUGAAGCAAAACAAUUUGGCAUUUGCUUAUCAUCUUGCAAAAGAUGCAAUUCUUUCUCACGCCACCAAAUUAGCAGAAAACGAAUCGAGGAAAACAUUACUUGAACAAUGCACAAUCUGUUUUGAAUCCACCUACAUUGGCCAAAUGUUUUCUGUCAACAAAUGUCUACACAGAUACUGUUUUUCCUGUAUGAGAAAGCAUGUAGAAGCAAAGUUACAUCAAGGGAAGCUACCCGAAUGUCCACAUGAAGAAUGCAAAUCUGAGCUUGAAAUUGAAACCUGCAAAAGUUUCUUGAAUCCAAAACUAUAUGAUAUGAUGAGCUCAAUGAUAAAAGAAGCUUCCAUUCCUCCAUCAGAGAAAGUUUAUUGCCCAGUUUCUAGUUGCUCUGCUUUGAUGUCAAAAACCGAGCUCCAACAACAAGCUCCCACCUCAUCUUCUUCUUCUUCUUCUUCUUCUUCUUCUUCUUCUCAAGAAUCUGGAAAGAGAAAAUGUGUGAAAUGUCAUCGUCUUUUUUGCAUGAAUUGCAAUGUAGCUUGGCAUGAUAAUAUGAGUUGCUGUGAUUACAUCGAGUCUUUUGAGUAUAAAUCUGCUAAUGAGGCAAAACUGAAGUCGCUUGCAUCAAGUAAAAGCUGGCGUCAGUGUGUCAAGUGCAAGAAUCUGGUUGAAUUAGCAGCAGGGUGCUUCCAUAUUUGUUGCAGAUGUGGAUAUGAGUUUUGCUAUACGUGUGGAGCUGAAUGGAUUGAGAAGAAACCUACAUGCACAUGUCCACUUUGGGAUGAACGCUAUAUUAUAUAUGUGGAGUAAAUAGGUCACAAAAUUGAGGUAAGUAAUUUGACUCAAAUUUUCCUUUUUAUGUUCUUUUGGUGUUUUGAAAGCUAUAAAUGUUGAUAAUAUUGGUGGUAUUUUUGUAUGGUUAUUACAAAAGAGAUUUCACCAUUUUUAGGGGAAAAGAUUUUGCUA